AUGCCAGUUAAAGGAAUACGGACGGUGACGGCCGCCAGGAAUGGCGUCGGUGCCUUCAUCCUUCAAUGCAAGCGGCUCGACUUUCACUACUGCAAUUAUGGUGGCAGCUCCCGGGGCAUGCUGCAAUUCCUGACCCAAACUCUCCCCAACUUUGCCGCCGAGAACCCCCAGAUUGAAGUCCGAGUCGCUCCGCGGCCUGGCAAACACCCAGUAAUUAAGGGCUACUACAUCAAUGGCCGAGAGAAGGCUAUUUGCACCCGAAACCUAGAGCCCAGUGAGAUCCUCAAAAAGGCGAUGAUCCUGAAGGAUGCGAGCGGCGAAAAACUGAAGCGGACGAAGAAGCCGGUGACAAGUAUGAAUGAGAGUGUGCGCGGUAUCUGGUCACCAUAUCAUGGCGAUCUGCGCAGUGUAUAA